AUGCUCUCUACCACCCUUUCAACUAUUAGUCAAACAAUUACUAGCCUACCUGCUGACGCAACGUUGGAAACACUCACCGGAGGCUUCACGGACGGCACUAUCAUAACUACCACAACUUAUGGUAGUAAUGAGUCUAUUGCGGUACCCGUCAUUGUGCCUGCCGGCGGCAGUCCCUUGAUUGGCUUCCUAAUUCGCAACUGCUUCGACGUUGACGUUCCUACCAAUCUACCUAUCGAUCAGACACAAAUCCCCGACACUAGCCCAACAUCCACUUCUUCGUGCCAGGGCCAUCCUUUAGCAACGUAUUAUAGUGUAGUCUGCUCCACAACCGCCGGCAUUUCGACCUCGAAGCCUAGUCCCUCAUGUUCGACAUACUCUUAUAGUACGACAGUGGGUUGUGAUGUGCCUACAGUAUCAACCACCACAACCUAUGUUCCGGCGCAAACACAACCUGUGCUAUGCGGCCCUGAGACAUGCGGUGAAAGUUGUGUCAGCGCAAGAGCUGGGCUUGCGAAGCGCCAACCACCUUUGAGAGAUUCUGAGCCGCCAAGCACCGAAUGGGCAGGGCCUCAGAAUUACAAUGGGGACAUGAACAAAUUCAUGAGAGGAGAGGUGGCAAAGGCCUUACUUGACCCUGGAACUUAUGUACCUCAUGGCUUCGGCGAAGGUGGGAUUUGGACCACAUCAAACUGGAUCACUUUCAAAAACGAAGUUAGGGCUCUUACUGUCCAGGGUCUAUAUGGCUGCACCUCAAUUGUGGCUGUAUCGACCCGCGGGGCAUGGGCCAGCCAUAUUUGGGAGAACCCAUCAUUUAAAGAUGACUCUCGUUUUGAGAUCGAUGCCAUUGAGGACAUUCGCUUUGGUAAAAAUGUCAAAAAUCUCCAUGAGAUCGGCCUGUACCAACUGCGAGAUAACGUCUUCCUUCAGCCCGAGGAGAACUUAUUUGACGAUGUUGCUGAUCCGCAUAUCUAUAUCAUGACACCGAUACAGAGAUAUCGUGUCAUGGAGGGAGAACAGCAAGUUUGGAGCAACGAUGAAGAGACUCGUGGACACCCUCUUGCCUUUCCGGAUAAAGUCGCCAGAAUAAUAUCGGAGCUGAGAAGCAUAUUUAACGAAACGACGCCAAUAAUUGUUAAACCUUAUUCGCCCAUGACAAAAGCUCCAGAUAUCCUCCGAGAGAUAGAUGGGAGCCCUAUCUUGGACGUUUACGGAAGGGAACAGCCUGAUCGUGGUGAUAUCGGUUUCAACACCCACCGCGGGAAACUACUCGUCCAGUAUCAGCCAGCAUCAAAACGAUGUCAUAUAGAGGGUACUGGUAGUCCCCAAGCUCAAUGGCGAAUAUGGUUUGAGAAUCAAGCCACCCAAAGCGUCAUCAUCCGGAGAAUCUCCGAGCUCUGGACUGACCGAGGCGGUUCCAACAAGCGCAGCAGUGUCAGACCUCACGAGCAGCGUGUCUGA